GAAGUGUCAUCCGCUUCGGUAGUGAGAGUAAUAGUCGUAUAGUGAUGUGGUGCAAUGAUUUUGUUUUUGACGUAAGCCAUUAUAACAAAGUGCUGUAAACGCCGUAUAGUAAAUCGGAUUCGAUUUGAUAUUUUGACCAAAUUGUUGCAAUACCCGCAAGUAACCGGUAAACAAAGUCCCUGUGUUGAUCGGCCAAAUAUACAGAACUCGAAUAUCUAUGUAAUCGACCAAACUAAGUGCGUCCGGUCCAAGAAAACAGAAAAAUUCGUGAGCCUUUUUGGUGCUUGUUCGUUUAACAUUUACAAAUGGCCGAUAUGGAUGCCGUCAAUCUUGGUCUUGAUGAGGCCGAAAUUGAUGCAGAAAUGACUGCUGGUCUGCCGGAAGAGGACUCAUUUGAUACGCGCAGCGAAGCGUCUGGUGGUAGCUCAAGCAGUUCGGACACAAAUCCCAGCAUCAGUUCAGUUGACAGUGAAUCGUCGAUAAGUCCGAAAAUACGUCGUUCGCACCUAAAUCGCGAACGUUCGUUCGACAAACGGAAAUCGAAAAGUCCAGUUGCUGUCCACAAGAAACAGUCAACAGCCGCACAAAAGUCCAGUUCCAAGUCCGCGUACGACUACAUGACCAAGUUGAACUAUCUGUUCCGUGAGACUCGGUUCUUUGUGAUCAAAUCGAACAAUGCCGAAAAUGUGACACUGUCCAAGAGCAAAGGUGUCUGGUCGACAUUGCCACAGAACGAAGCGAAUUUGAAUCAGGCAUUCCGUGAGGGUCGCAAUGUGAUUUUGAUAUUUUCGGUGAAAGAAAGUGGCAAAUUUGCUGGCUUCGCUCGGAUGGUCGGUGAAUCGAGACGAGACGUGCCGACGGUGUCGUGGGUGCUGCCGCAUGGUUUGACUGCGAAAGCGUUGGGCGGUGUGAUUGAGGUGGAUUGGGUGUGCAAAAAAGAAUUGUCGUUCAAUUGCACGGGACAUUUGUACAAUCCGUGGAACGAGGGUAAACCGGUAAAGAUUGGACGUGACGGUCAGGAGAUCGAGCAAAAGGUUGGUGCCGAGCUGUGCCGGCUCUUUCCCGAAGACGAAAGUAUUGAUUUGACACCGAUUUUGAAGAAAUCAAAAGAAGCUGCACGCAUCCUACGCGAAAAAGGUGGACGAGUUCCUGCCUACAAAGGACCAACGCGUCCAACACGAGGCCGAGUCACCAACAAUCAUACAGCGGUACGUGGCCGUAAGAAACUAUUUUUGACGAGUCGCAGCAAACUGAACAGCGUUGCUAGCUACAAACGAUCCGGUUCACCGUAUUUAGGCCGAGACCGUAGCGGUCAUCACUACGAUCGCUUCAGCUCAACUGCAGCAGCUGCCGAAGCGUAUGUUGCCGACUAUAUGCGCACCAUGCAACAUCAAUUACCACCGAUGCCGUACGCUCCACCACCAGGCUACGGAACACUGCUUCCAUCACCGUACGAACUGCCAGCACGAUACUACGACGGACUCGCCAUUCCCGACUAUCACGGCGAUCACAUGCCCACACCGCCAAUCGGUCGCACCGGACCUCCGAAUUACGACAAGCGAUCGUACGAUCGAUCGGUGGAAGAAUUCCUGUGGAAAACGUCGGGGCGUCCGCCGAUGGUCAGUGCACCGUCGAAAAGUUCGUCGUCGUCGUAUCACCAUCCAUCGGCUAGGGAUUAUCAUCAGAGUCGCGGUGGCAACAGCAGUGCACAAGGAACAACGUCACACGAACGGAACAAUGACCGAGAACAACGGUCUAGAGGCGGUCGCGAACGAGACUAUCGUGACCGGAGUCGCAGCUCGUACAGGAAUAGUCGCCGAUGACCGCAUUGGAGCUACGUCGUUGAAUCGGUCACGAAACGAUUGGUCAAACAUUGAUCUCCCCAACACAAUAUUUUACAAAUUCAUACAAAACGACAAAAGAGAGAAAGAGAAAAAUUUUGAUGAGAACGCGACCGUGUUAAGAGAGAGAAAGAAAUUAAUUUCGAUUUUACUUUGAAAAAGAGUAUUGUGCGACCAUUUGAAACAGAAUUUUGAGAGAAAAUUUUGGGAUUUUUUAAUUCAGAAAUUUUUUUGUUUUGUUUGUUUGUUUUUGAUCAUUUUCGAAUUUCGAAUAAAUCCGUCAAUGGGAAGGUAAAAGAAAAAUCGGAUCUUGAAUAAAAUGAAAAGUUUUUGGUCAAAAUUUUAAUGCAAAGGAAGAAGAAGAAGAGAGAGAAAAGAUUUAUUGGAUUUUGUCGAUUGUGUUUAUAGUGAUUGUGAUUGCAACAUUUUUUUUUUAUUAAAUUGAUUGAUUUAUAGUUAAACCAUUUGAAUGAGAUCGAAUUUUGUAAAAGUAAACGAAGAGCAAGAUGAACUUUUUAAACAACAACAAAAUAUGUAAAAUGAAUUGAUUGAUUGAUUGAUCCUUCUCUAUAAGUGCAAAAAUCUAAAAUUAAUAAAAAAUAAUUAAAGCGAAGCAAAGUGAUUUCUUCGAGGUAAAAUUGAGAUGAAAAAUAAAAUUUAAGGAAAAAAAUAAUUUCUUUUUGAAUCAAGUAAAUGCAAAAGGACUCGAGUUUUAUUUGUUGGACUUAAAAUAAAAUUAUUUGAAAACGAACUCUAUCAGGUGAUGUGAAAAGAAUCUGUUUCAAUUGCGGCGAAGAGAGACACUAAAAAUUUUUGUCGUUUUGUUCGAAGUACCAGAUUUACUUCGUUGAACUUUUAUAUUCCAAUGAAAAAUAACAAGUGAAUCGCUUCCUCCUACUCUUGCAACCCUCGUGUGGUUUUUAAAUUCAACGAAUCAUUCAACCAAAAUGGAAUUGUGGGUUGAUUUUCGUUAAAAAAAAAUAUUUAUUUUUUCCAAUUUCAUCAGCGACAUCGAUUGAACUCACGGA